CUUUUGAAUCUUCUUUGGGCAGUUGUCACAUUUUUAUUCCAACCAAAUAUAAUAUAUAUAAUAUUGAAGAAAAAGAAUGGAGGACAAAUAAAGAGAGAUAAUAGGAGAAUAGACGAGCAUAGCACGCAUCCAAUUACCCAUUUUUUCUACCUUCAUUCUUAAGCUUUCCUUCACCCCACUUCCCCUUUUUUCUUCCCUUAUCAUAAUUUAAUAAUAAUCCAUUUUGCUUUUUCCUACUUAUACGCAAUACCCCCUUUUUCUUCUUCUUCUUGUUUCAUCUGUGGGUUGUUGAGUAAGUCAAUUACAUUUGGUUCAUGUCACAAAACUUGUUUAGAUUGUUGAAAAAAUGGAGGGAUUGAUGGAAAAAGGGGUAUUGGAUGAUAUAAUAGGGAGGUUAUUAGAAGAGAAGGGAGGGAAACAAGUUCAGCUAUCUGAGGCUGAGAUCCGACAGCUUUGUGUUAAUGCCAGACAGAUUUUCCUCUCUCAGCCUAAUCUCCUCAGGAUUCGUGCCCCCGUUAGGAUCUGUGGUGACAUACACGGGCAAUUCCAAGACUUAUUAAGACUUUUUGAAUAUGGAGGCUAUCCUCCUUCAGCAAACUACCUUUUUCUUGGAGAUUAUGUUGAUCGAGGCAAGCAGAGUUUAGAAACAAUAUGUUUGCUCUUGGCUUACAAAAUAAGGUAUCCCGACAAGAUCUUCCUCCUUAGGGGGAACCAUGAAGAUGCGAAAAUCAACAGGGUCUACGGAUUUUAUGAUGAAUGUAAACGGAGAUUCAAUGUUAGGCUAUGGAAGAUAUUUACAGAUUGCUUUAAUUGCUUGCCUGUUGCUGCACUUAUAGAUGAAAAGAUCCUUUGCAUGCAUGGUGGGAUUUCGCCAGAGCUAAAAAGUUUGGACCUAAUAAACGAAAUUGAGCGGCCAGCUGAGAUUCCAGAUGGUGGCUUGUUGUGUGAUCUGUUGUGGGCUGAUCCUGAUCCUAGAAUUAAGGGUUGGUCAGAUAGUGAUCGAGGUGUUUCUUGUACUUUUGGACCUGACGUUGUUGCUGAAUUUUUGGCUAAGAAUGAGUUAGACCUCAUCUGCCGGGGUCAUCAGGUGGUGGAGGAUGGAUAUGAAUUCUUUGCUAAGCGAAGACUUGUGACUCUAUUUUCUGCUCCCAAUUAUGGUGGAGAAUUUGAUAAUGCAGGUGCCUUGUUAAGCGUUGAUGAGCAACUUGUAUGCUCCUUUGAAAUAUUGAAACCGGUAUUAUCUAGCAGUUCAAAGUUGCCCCUUAAGAAGCCACCCAAGGCUGGAGGGAUGUGAUACAGUAGAAAGUGUACAUGGAGAUUUAUCCAGUAUAUAGUGAAGAAUGGCAAGCACUCCUCUUUAUAUUUUGUUGUUAUUGACACAAGCCAUCCUUUCCAAAUACCUUUUUCGGCUUUGGAAACUGUGGAUAGGCCAAGGGUAUUAUUACAACUAAAGGAAAAAAGAAUUCUGUAAAUCAGCAACAUAACGUAUCCUCAGAAAAACGUAAGAUGUUUCAGUUGUUUAAUUUAGACACCUUUUGUUUAUUUCUUGUAUUUACUAGCACUAAGAAAUUUGAUAAUUGUUGAUCGUGAAUGAGUUGCUAUUUCUUACCAUUCAA